CAAACUCUAGUACGUUUUUCACCGGCCCACUAGCCACUACCAGUCUACCAUAUUACCAUUAUUCUCUUCAUCUCUAGCUAAAAACUUGAUGAAUAACCUAUUUGGUGGUUUAAUUGUUGAUUGGCAGUUCAAAUUUUGUGUAAAAUCAUAACUAUAAUAGUAAUUUGAAACAAUGAUUAAAGUUUAAAUCAGAUUCUCAAAGGUAGUUAUCAGAAAUUUUGUCCGGCAACAAAUCGAAGGCACCGGAAAAACUUUCCGGCAGAUUUUCAAGACCUCCGGCAUCUAUUCAGGGGCGGCGGUAGUUGACGAAGAGCUCCGGAAACACCGUGCGGCAGUUGCUCAUAGUUCUGGGAAAAUUAUGGCAGCUUGUCUAUAGUUUUGGGAUUUGUUUCUGGUAGUUGUUAUGCAAGUUCAUAAAUUGAAUUUGGAUGUUGUUUGUUAUUGCUAGCAAUAAGCGGUGGAUUAUGCAGAACAUAUUAAUUUGUUUUGAUAAUCGUAAAAUUGUUCUCCCCAAUUUGUCCCCCGCAUAAACCCUAAACCCUAAAAAACCCUCCACCCACUGAACCACCAUGAUAACCACCGUAAUCUUCCGAGAAACAUCCAGAAUUUAUCGACGCCGACCACCAUUCGGUCUCCUAUGGGUCCGGUCCAUGGGAGGUGGGCCUCGAACUACUACCAUGUGGAAGCGGGUGGAAGAAACACAACAAGUGAUUGAUCAGGAUGAGUUUGUUGCCUCCGGAAAGAGAUUUCAUGACUCAGUCUUCAACAAUGAAGUUUCAUCUCUGAAAUCCUCCAACAAUGCGAAAAUCCCAAUUCCCAGAAAUACCCUGUUGGGAAAAUCCCCAAUUUUGGAUUCUAGGGUUUAUGGGGUUUAUCAGUUUCGUUCAUUUUCGACGCAAUCAAAUAAAUUACCCGAGUAUGAAAUGCCAUCUGUUACCUGGGGUGUUGUUCAAGGGCGCAAGGAGAGGCUAGUGUCAAAAGUAAUUAUAUGCGAUUAUUUGAAGACUUUGGGGAUUGUUACUGAUGAGUUAGAGGAUAUUGAGUUGCCUUCUACCGUUGAUGUUAUGAGGGAGAGAGUGGAGUUUUUGCAGAAGAUAGGGUUGAGUAUCGAUGAUAUUAAUGAGUACCCAUUGAUGCUCGGUUGUAGCGUUCGAAAGAAUAUCAUCCCGGUGUUAGGGUAUUUGGAAAAGAUUGGGUUACCUAGAGCAAAAUUAGGGGAGUUUGUGAAGAAUUACCCACAAGUUUUACAUGCUAGUGUGGUGGUUGAGCUUGUUCCGGUUAUUAAGUUCCUUCGCGGGCUUGAUAUUGAGAAGGAAGAUAUUGGAUAUGUGCUGCAAAAGUAUCCUGAAUUACUGGGGUUUAAGCUUGAAGGGACAAUGAGUACAUCGGUGGCAUACCUUGUUAGUAUUGGGGUGAACCCUAGAGAUAUUGGACCAAUGGCGACACAAUAUCCCUAUCUUUUGGGGAUGAGAGUUGGCACUAUGAUUAAACCACUUGUUGAGUACUUGGUUUCAUUGGGUUUGCCGAAGAAGAUAUUGUCACGAAUGUUUGAGAAGCGGCCAUAUGUGAUUGGUUAUGAUUUGCUUGAAACUGUGAAACCUAAUGUUGAAUGUUUGAUCAGCUUUGGUAUAAGUAGGGAAAAGGUUCCUUUAAUUAUAGCGCAAUACCCACAGAUUCUUGGUCUACCACUCAAGGCAAAAAUGUCUACCCAGCAGUAUUUUUUCAAUUUGAAGCUCAAGAUUGAUCCGGAAGGUUUUGCACAAAUCAUCGAGAGAAUGCCUCAGAUAGUUAGCCUUAACCAGAAUGUGAUUAUGAAACCUGUCGAGUUUCUUAUAGCACGGGGUAUACCUGCUGGAGAUGUGGCUAAAAUGGUUGUGAGAUGUCCACAACUAGUGGCUGCGCCACUUGCGAUUAUGAAAAAUAGUUUUUACUUCUUCAAGAGUGAAAUGGGUCGUCCAAUAAGAGAGCUAGUCGAGUUUCCAGAAUACUUUACCUAUAGCUUGGAAUCCCGGAUUAAACCUAGAUAUCAGAGAUUACAGAGUAAAGGGGUCAGGUGCUCUUUGGCAUGGUUUCUCAACUGCAGUGAGAAGAGGUUUGAAGAAAGACUUCAGGGUGAUUAUUUUGAAACUGAGAGUUCUGGCCCCUUGUUUAACAUGGGUGGAAAGUUAGAACUUCCUGGAAGUCAUAAUAAUGUACCAGAUGAAGAAUAUGAAAGUGAAGAUGAAGUGCUCUAUAGGUCCACUGUUUCUCUCUAGUUAGUUUGUCUUGCAUAACUAUGUACCAAAUAUGACCAAAGAUUUAAUGGAAGUCAAAAUUUUGUCA